GCAAAAUGUCCCUGUUGGUCCUUCUUGACCUCUCUGUGGCCUUUGAUACUGUUGACAACACUCUCCUCCUGGGGAGGUUUUCUGGGCCGGCUUUGUCCUGUCUCUGUUCCUUCAUCGAGGACCAUCCUCAGAGAGUGCAGCUUGGGGAGAUGAUGUUCACCCUUUGUACUCUUAACUGUGGAAUCCCUCGGGGUUGAUCAUCUCCAUGAUGCUGUUUAAUAUCUCUAUGAGACCCCUGGGGGAGUCAUCAGGAGUUUUGGAGCUUCAGGUCACCAAUAUGCGGAUGAUACCCAGCUCUCUUCUUCCAUCUGUCUGCAGUGGAUGCCUUUCUAUCCCUUGAGCACUGCCUGGAUACCAUGCUGGAAUUGAUGAGGGAUAACAGACUGAGGCGGAACCCAGACAAGACGGAGAUUCUGACCUGUGGAUUAAAAAAAAGGCCGAGAGCUUAAUUUUUGUGCUUGAGCCCUGCUGUCAGAAACUGAAGUGUGAAAAGACCACAAAAUGAAAAUGCUUCCUGGUGUGGGGGUGUUUGGGACUGGAAGCUCAGCUCGAGUGUUGGUACCUCUGUUGAGAGCAGAAGGGUUCUCUAUUGAGGCUCUCUGGGGGAAAACUGAAGAGGAAGCAAAGCAACUAGCAGAGGAAAUGAACAUUUCCUUCUACACAAGUCGGACAGAUGAUGUUUUGCUGCAUCAGGAUGUCGAUUUGGUUUGCAUUGACAUACCCCCACCACUAACCCGGCAAAUUGCAGUGAAGGCUCUAGGUAAUGAUGAACUGAUGGGUGGGGGUGGACUGCACACAAUGGGAACUUAUAUCAUAGACCUCCUCACUCAUCUGACAAGUCAGAAGGCAGUGAAAGUCCAUGGCUUGCUGAAAACAUUUGUGAAGCAGAACUCUGCUAUCAGUGGCAUCCGCCAUGUCACGAGCGAUGACUUCUGCUUUUUCCAGAUGCUAACGACCGGAGGCAUCUGUAGCACAGUGACUCUGAACUUCAACAUGCCUGGAUCAUUUGUCCAUGAGGUUAUGAUUGUGGGAUCAUCUGGACGCCUUAUAGCACGUGGGACAGAUUUGUAUGGCCAGAAGAACACUGCUUCCCAGGAGGAGCUUUUGCAUGCAGACUCUUUGAAUGUCAAUGCAGAGCUUUCUGAGAAAGGAUUCAAAGACAUGCCACUGUUGUACCUCAAAGGGAUGGUAUACCUAGUACAAGCACUUCGUCAUUCCUUCCAGGAGCAGGAAGACCAGCGAACAUGGGAUCCUAAGCCAGUUGCAAUGGCAGCUUCUUUUGAGGAUGGCCUCUACAUGCAAAGUGUAGUAGAUGCUAUUAAAAAAUCCAGCCGGUCUGGGGACUGGGAAAUUGUGGAGCUAAUGACUGAAGAGCCAGAUGCAAAUCAAAACCUCUGUGAGGCAUUACAGCGAAAUAACCUAUAAUAGAGAGACUCCCAGAGAGCAGAAUCAAUUUGAAAUAUACAUAAAUAAUUAAGAUGGAUAUGUUCAAUUAAUGAUGAGAAGGAGGAAGAAUGGGAAAUCAUACUUGUGGUGAAACUUCUAAGGAGAUGCUUUCAGGUUUUAGAGAAUUUUAGAGGUUGCAAAUUUGUGUGUUCUUGGUCAUUUUAAAGCUAAGCUUUCUGAGUUGUAUAUAAACUUGAAUUGCCCUUUCUGUUCAGCAGUGGUUAAAACAAACAAGAGUGCUGUAGGAAAGAAGUAAAUCUCGUUUUUGUGUGUGCAGCUUGUGUAUUCCUACAGUUUGAACUUGAUGGCAUAUAGUGUUAAAGAAGGCUAUGUCUCUUUAAUAAGAAUGGAAGUUAUAUCUUAAUAUCCUUUAUGGUAUAGCUUACCAGCAAAAGAUAAAACAUGAGAUAAAUUUUAAAUUUGGGAACAAUUUAAAAUUAGAGUGGACUUUAUAAUGGGAUUAGAGUGGACUUUAUAAUACAGGCCUGAACUAGUAUCAGCCAAAUUUCUUUUUAUGACUUUUUCCUGUUCCCAAAGCAUGAUGCUUAUAGUAAUAGAUGCUUGAAGUAUAGUGUUGCUUAUAGUAACACUAAAAGAAUGCUGAGAAAGAAGGGGAUGAACACUAGAUUCUUCUAGCCUUAACUCCUCUUGCAGUUCUUUGCUCCAGCUGCUUCUGUCCAGCAUGCUGUUAGUGGAAAUAGACUUUUAAGUGGAGAAAUAAUAGCUCGGAGUAAUUGACUGAAAGAAGAAACAGUGUGGUGGAGAGGGAUUCAGCACCUUUCUGCCUCCUCCCUGAUAUUGUUAAAAUAAGGUCCCUCCCAUCUGUUUGCACCCACUUCCCACUUUAUAUGUAGGCAGGAUAGACACAAGAAUAACAGCCCUACCUUGGUGUUGAAUGUUUCAACUUAAGUUGCUGUUAUUUGAGACUAACAGUUCUCACAUCCUUUUUAGAAGUUGGUGUUAUGUGAAGUUAACCUGCUGUUUACACAUGAUGUUCCUCCUUUCCUAUGGCAUGUCAAGAGUCUGAAGGUCUUUUGUGCUUCUCUUCCCGCAUCUUGUUUUGCUGUCCAACAACUCCUCAAAAUCCCAGGAAGCAUGGUUGUUCCUAGAUGGAGUGUUCUAGGAAUAGUCCAAAAAGAUAAAUUUUCCACACUUUGUUUCUAGCACUGGUUAGUUGGAAGCCAAAGCCACAGCUAGCUUUGUUAGCAGAACAUUUCACAGAUCAGGGACCAUUCUGACUGUUUAAUGAGGCAAUUAAUUGAUUCACCAAGGCAUAUAAUAAUGAAUAGAGAAGAACUAUUCCAUUGUCAUGAACUCUGUGCUUAGUAAGGAAUUGCUGUUUGUCAGAGGCACUAAGAAAGAGACUGGGUUAGAUUUAGUAAAAAAUUGAAAGAAAUCCCGUUCCCUUCUCUGUCUGACUUGUAUCCUGUCAGAGAUCUUAGAAACUAUAAGAAUUCAGAACUGUCUUCACCAGGUUGACUCUGAGAAAGCACAGUUAACUUUUGUAUUAAAUAUAUUGUUUACUUGAAUUUUUAAAACAUUUUUCUACUGUGUUUUAAUCCUCUGCAUUAAUAUAAAGUAUUAAUUAGUAACCUUUUGUGUAGUUUUGGAAAUGGUGACUUGCUGUAGAAAAGAAACUACUGUAUAAGAAUGAGAACCAAGAACCAAAUCGUUUGUUUGUUCUGCUCCUGACUAAUUUUUCAUUUUUUUAGCUUAUAAACUUACUGUUAAUCAGAACAGCUGUUUUCUUAAUUGUAGUAAAGUUAAUUACUGAAGUAAAAAAGAAAGCAGACUCUGCUGUUUUUAGUAGUGGGGAAAAAUCGGUUCUAGACAAAGCCAACUCUCUGUUCACAGUAUUUGGAAAUUAGGAAUUCUGCGUGCUUUGACAAGGAUGAUGAAGAUCGUUGUUGUUUAGUCACCCAGUCGCAUCCAACCCUUCGCAACCAGAGAUUAGAAGACAAAAUGAAAAUUUGGGACUAAACUUUUCUUUUAAUGCCAUGGGGGAAUUACAUUGGAGGAUAGUGGAGUAUACACACACACAUACACAUGUAUGUAUGUAUGUAUAUUUGUGUGUGUUGUAGGUUUUUUGGGCUGUUCAGCCGU